GGCGGGGCUAGAGGUCAAGGCCGGGGUGGGUGGGAUUGUGGAGGGUGGGGUCGGUUUGUCCCCUUUGCUCUCAGUCCUUAAAACCCCGGGUCGGGGUCCCCUGCAUCCGAAUGGCCGGACAUCUGGCUCCUGAAUAUUUCUCGCCACCCCCGGGCGGUGGCGGGGCUGGUGGGUCCGAGCCUACGUGGAAUUGGUCGGCCUUUCAAGGCCCACUCGGUGGGGUUGGAACGGGGCCGGGACCCGACGGGUGGGGCAUGGCCCCAUACCACCCUUUGUACGAUAUGUGGGGAGGGGGUGUCUACUGUGAACCUCAGCCCAAUGUGGGAGUGAUGGCUCAGCCUGCUCAGGAGAUCGCAGUCCCCGACGGCGAUGCAGGACCGGGGGUAGAGAGUCCUUCCGAGGGCAGCUCCCCAGAGUCCCGUACCACUGCUCGAGUCACCAAGAUUGAGCCGGUGGAGAGUGGAGACGAGCAGGCACAAGAAACUCCUUCACCAGAAGAACUGGAGCAGUUUGCCAAGGAGCUAAAGCGGAAAAGGAUCACUCUGGGUUAUACCCAGGCUGAUGUGGGCAUCACCUUGGGGGCUCUCUUUGGCAAGGUUUUUAGCCAGACCACCAUCUGUCGGUUUGAGGCACUACAACUCAGCUUCAAGAACAUGUGUAAGCUCCGACCUCUGCUACAGAAGUGGCUAGAAGCAGCUGAUGACAAUGACCACCUUCAGGAGUUGUGUAAGGCUGAGACAGUCCUUCAACAAGCCAGAAAGAGGAAGCGUACAAGCAUUGAGAAUGGAGUUCGGGGAAACUUGGAGACCAUGUUUCUCCAGUGCCCCAAGCCCACACUUCAACAGAUCAGUAAUAUUGCUGAGGAGCUGGGCCUUGAGAAAGAUGUUGUACGGGUUUGGUUCUGUAAUCGUCGUCAAAAGGGCAAGCGGAGCAAUAGCAACUCGCCCCGAGAAGAUUUUGAGGCAGCUGGCUCCUUCGCUGGAGGACCUGUGCCUUUUCCCCUUGCUCCAGGCCCUCCAUUCAGUCAUCCCAGUUAUGGGGGCCCUCAUUUCACCACUCUCUAUUCCCCAGCCCCCUUCACAGAGGGGGAUGCAUUUUCCCCUCUCCCUGUUAACACUCUGGGCUCAACCAUGCAUUCAAGCUAAAAGGUUAAGCCUAUCUUUGGGCAGAGAAGGUGAGAGAAUAGAGAUGAGGAAUCCAACAAAUUCUUUUAAAGUCUGGAAGUUAGUUGGUAGGUUGAGCUCUCUUAUCUUUGGAGCAUUUAGGAACAGGGAAGAAUGGGAUUAAUAUUUCAGAAAUUAUUAACAGAUUUUUGAGGGGAAUGGGUAAGGGAGAAGUUGUGAAUGUUUGCUUGUUUGUUAGUUCCACAUCUCUUUCAUCUCCCAACUCUUAAAUAAAGCAAUCUAAAGCAAGUCUAAUAGAAUCAAAACACUUCAAAUAUUUAAAGACCUGUCUUAGGUCUCCCCUAUGUCUCCUCCAAAUUAAACAUUUCUAAUUGCCUCAACCAUUUAUUUACAUUAUAGUGACCAUUUAUAUUGGAGCUCAAAAUCUGCAAAGAGCUUUUCUAUUUGUUAUCUUAUUUGAUCCCCACAACAAUCCUAUAAGGUAGUGCUGCUGUUCUAUAUUACAGAGAAGAAACUAAGGCAAGAGAAAUUAAAUGACUUGCUCUGGGUGUCUCGAGGUAAAAUUUUAAACUCUAGUCUUAACAGUCCAUACGUUAAACUGCUUGUGUCAUAUUACAUGGUCAUCAUGUACUUCAUCAUCUUAGUUUUUGUACAAUGGAGCACCACAAACUGAACAUUAUACAUUCGAAUGUGACCAAGACAAAGCAGCUGGAUGCAGUGGAUUGGGACUGGAUCCAGGAAGACUCAAAUCUGGGCCGGGAUAUUUAAUGAGCUGUGUGACUUUUGCAAAUCUCUUAACCUCUGCCUCAGUUUCUUCCAUCUGUAAAAUGAAAGGUUGCAAUGAGGAUCAAAUAAUCCUGUUUAUCAAUUGCUUAGUAUAGUGUUAAUGUACAGUUACUAUUAAGAUUGUAUCAAUAGCUUUUUCUGCUGCUUUCAUAUAAUUUGUUUAUAUGGAGCUUUAUGGGUUGAUAAAGAUCCCCAGAUCCACCCUCUUUUAAAGUUAAAUUUUUCUUAAUAUAGAUGUGGCAUUUAUUGAGUUCAAGUUACCUAGGUUCAGAGUCUGGAGGUCAGUCUCACUUUACUAUAAUCAUUAAAUUGCCAAGUCUUGUCAGUACUAUUAAGAUAAUGCACUAUUAAAAUUGGAUUAUGGAACUAAAUCCAGAAGUACUUUUGGGCAUCCAAUGUAACUCCUCAUUUUUUUUUUUUUUACCAAACUAGCCUUCAUACACAACUGUAGUUUCAAAGCUCAGCGGAAACUUCCUAUAAGACUUCAUGUCAGCUGCUUUAAAAAGGAAGGAAAAUUGUUGACUAUAGGCUAGACAUUAUUAAAUGCCUUACGAAUAUCUCCUCUGAGAUAUUUUCAGUACAUCAUGUAACAAGAAAGAUGCAAAAAGAUUUAUUAAGAAGUCUUGACAUUGUACCAGGAGAGUAAAAUCAUUGCACUGACUUUGAACAUUCCAGGCCCAGUCUUUAUUAUAGUAGAGAUAGAGCACUAAGGAAACAAAUGAGAAACAGCUGAAUUGAAAAGUAUGGAGGAGACUUAUGCUUCUGAAUUUGUGAGGGCA